GCCUGAUUUGAACGCCCAGGUGAAUAAAUUCAUGCUAAUUUAGCAAGUUUGUUAUUUUACAACUGAAUCGAUUUAAAACUGCGUGUGAUUUAAACGAUUUAUAUGAAAUCGCCUCAUUAUUUCUAUCCAGUUAUUUAAGGUCUAUCCAGGUGCAUGCUGGGAUUGCUGGGUCUGUUUGGCGCUGGUCUCCUUGUGACGUCACGGGGUGCCACUGUCCUCGCAUGCAGAUCAGCAUUCACACAUGUGUGUGAACACGCUUACACACCACGGUUCACCAGGCAGGUCUCCAACAUGGCCCAGUCACUCAGGUACUUAGGUCAAGAGGAAGCUCAGCGCAUCGAUGAGGAACUGUUCUCUGAGUACAGCUUCAGUGUCGAUCAGCUGAUGGAGCUCGCUGGACUCAGCUGUGCUACAGCUGUUACUAAGGCAUAUCCAAUGCAGUCUCUGCUCAGACUCCCUCCCCGUGUGUUAGUGGUUUGUGGUCCAGGUAAUAACGGAGGUGACGGUCUGGUCUGCGCUCGGCAUCUCAAACUGUUUGGAUAUGAACCAGCAGUUCUUUACCCGAAACGACCAAACAAACAGCUUUUCAAGAAUUUAACCACUCAGUGUGAGAAGAUGGAGAUUCCCUUUCUGUCUGAAAUGCCAGAGGCUGAUGAGGUGGAUGAGGUGUAUAAUGUGGUGAUCGACGCCAUCUUUGGUUUCAGUUUUAAAGGAGCGGUGCGCGAGCCGUUCGCUGACAUUUUAUCCACUCUGAAGAAGAUCAGCGCUCCGAUCGCUAGCGUGGACAUCCCCUCAGGUUGGGAUGUAGAGACCGGAGACUCUGAUGGGAUUCAGCCUGACCUGCUCAUCUCUCUCACCGCUCCCAAGAAAGCAGCGUCUCACUUUCAGGGCCGUUAUCACUUCCUGGGCGGGAGAUUUGUUCCUCCAGCCCUGGACAGGAAGUACGCUCUGAACCUGCCACAGUAUCAGGGGACGGAGUGUGUGCUCAGACUCAACUGACCAGCAACACUGACAGACACACUUACAGAGACAGACACACACACACUUACAGAGACAGACCCACACACUCUUACAGACAGACACACACACACACACUUAGACAGACACACACACACACUUACAGACAGACACACACACACACUUAGACAGACACACACACACACUUACAGACAGACACAUACACACACACACACACUUACAGACAGACACACACGCACACACUUACAGACAGACACGAAAAACACUUACAGACAGACACACGAAAAACACUUACAGACAGAAACACACACUUACAGACAGACACACACGCACUUACAGACAGAAACAAACACACACACUUACAGACAGACUGACCGCAGGGUUAAGCACUGAACACUCAGACAACUUCCUUUACAUGGCAGUGAGAUGUUUCUCUCUGUGUUAAAGUGUUUAAACCUUUUGUUAAUCUUUGAAUCUCAUUAAAAGUUGUGGCCUGAAAUAAA